CAGCAAUGAAGAACUAAGGUCUACUGAGGGCACACAGGGGCAUUUGGACUGGAGGGCAGUGUAUUUAAUAAAUGACCUGCCUACCGAGUCUCUCCUCCUUUCUCCAGGCAGAAACCUCUGACAGAAAACAGCUGCUCUUUCCAUGCAGCUUUCCUUGUUAAACAACCACCUAGUUGUAGCAGACUGCUAAUAAAUGCAGGAGAAGGAAAAAGCUUGUAAGCUGAGCCUGGUCACAUUGCUGAGUGUGAUAUAGUUUUAUUUUUAACAUCCAGGCACUUGAGCUAUUUCUGCAGAAGUUUUCUCUCGGCCUCCCCUUAUUCUCAGCCUCCCCUAGGGCACUGCUUCUCUUUUCAUCAGCCGUCUGCUCGAAGCCAGGAGACCCACGUGUGGUAGAUAUCAUUGCAGGGGAUAUAUGAUUAAGAGCUAAGAAGCAAGAAGACGUGUCAGCACUAUGGGCAGGGUCCAGAGACCUCCAGCCGUACAGCACCGGCAUUGUGAGAAAUGUUUCCAUCGACAGUGUCAGGUUCCAGUAGAGCCAAGUAUCUCCUGCCUGGUGAUCAGCUGCCGCCGGCUUUGUGGAGCAGCUUUCCACAUGUGCAAGGAGGAAGAGCAUGAGUUGCUUUGUCCCCUGGAGCAGGUUCCUUGCCUCAACUCUGCUUAUGGCUGUCCUCUUUCUAUGGCCCGACAUAAACUGGCAAAGCACCUCCAGGUCUGCCCAGCCAGCGUGGUCUGCUGCUCCAUGGAGUGGAACCGUUGGCCAAAUAUAGACUCAGAAACGAUUCUUCAUGAGAAUAUCAUGAAAGAGCCCCACAGCGAGGAAUGUUUGGACACAGCUCUGGCCAUCCAGGAUCAAAAGGUCCUUUUUGGCUCCCUGAAGAUGGUGGAGUUUUUCCCUGAAUCCAGAGAGUUCACUGAGGAAGAACUGGAAAUGGACAGUGAUGCCAUUUUGGAGGAACAAGGAGCAGUUGGUGGGGUGGACUCUCAUUCUCUGCCAGUGAGUGGAAUGUCACCUAAUGGCGAGAUGGUGGAACUGAGUCAGCAAGAACGAGAGGCUUUGGCAAAAGACAAAGAAGGGAUGGAUCUGGCCAGUUUUGGGAAAUGGGAAAACAUUUUCAGCAAAGAGCACGCGGCAUCGAUGUUGACAAAUUCCUCAGCAAACCCUGGGGGCAAGAGUAGUCAGGGCACAGGGAAAGAACAGACUUCCAGUCAGAGCAAUGCUUCAGAAAAGGGAGCUAGUGUGGAGAAAGAAGGCCAGGCAGACCAAAAGGAGAAGGACCCUUACAGAAAUAUGGAAACAACAGGACUCGCACCUUGGCAAGACGGAGUAUUGGAAAGACUGAAGGCAGCAGUUGAUGUAAAGGACUAUAACAUGUACCUGGUGCAUAAUGGGAGAAUGCUGAUCCACUUUGGCCAGAUUCCUGCUUGCACGCCCAGAGAAAGGGACUUUGUUUAUGGCAACCUAGAAGCUCAGGAAGUCAAGACUGUUUACACCUUCAAAGUCCCAGUGAGCUACUGUGGGAAGAGGGCCCGACUUGGUGACGCAAUGGGGGCUAACAGGCCAAGUGUACACAAGGCCACAGAUACCUCAGAUUUGGGGAUCGAUGUAGAAGAACUGCCAAAAUCUGAUCUAAUCAGAACUACCCUUCUGUGUGCCAUGGAAAGGGAGCUGAAGGGCCACGUCAUCUCUGAAUCAAGGAGCAUCGAUGGACUCUUCAUGGACUUUGCAACCCAGACCUACAGCUUUGAGCCAGAGCAGUUUUCCUCAAGUGCAGUAUUGGCAGACCUUACUUCUGAAGGCCCCCCAGGUCUCCACGUGGAACUGCACAGUGAGUGUGUGACCAGGAGACAUAACAAGAGUAGUUCAGCGUUUACUUUUACUUGCAACAAGUUCUUUAGGAGGGAUGAGUUCCCAUUGCACUUCAAGAACAUCCACUCUGAUAUCCAGUCGUGCCUCAAUGGCUGGUUCCAGCAUCGCUGUCCACUGGCCUACUUGGGGUGCACCUUCGUUCAGAAUCAUUUCCGCCCUCCCGGGCAAAAAGCCAAAGUGAUCUACAGCCAAAAACUCAGGACAUUUGCCAUCAAGCCUGAGGUUGCUCCAGAGCUGGGGCCCAGAGGGAAAAGCCAAAGGUCAUUGACCAGCCUGCCCCUAGAGAUACUACAGUAUAUUGCAGGGUUCUUGGAUAGCGUCAGCUUGGCUCAGCUGUCCCAGGUGUCUGUCCUCAUGAGGAGCAUCUGUGCUACACUCUUGCAAGAGAGGGGGAUGGUCCUCUUGGAAUGGAAGAAAAAGACCUAUUCCCAUGGCGGCACUGGCUGGAGAGCUCACAAAAAGAUCUGGCAGUUCAGCAGCCUUUUCUCCAGAAUUAACAGCUGGCAGUUUAAUGAGGUCACCUCCAUGUCAGAACACUUGAAGACUUGCCCCUUCAAUAUUGUGGAACAUAGGACAGACCCAGUUCUUCUGACCAGCAUGUGUGAGCAACCCAAGCAAGCCAGGAAGAGCUUGGUCUCCACCUUCAAGCCUAGACCAUGAGGAAGAAAUCCCUCUGGUGUUGCUGUUUUCCUCCAGCCUCCUGGAAGGGAGAAUGUGUUGUGAUUUUGAGGAUCAGCUUCUUGUGUCUCUGUGGAACACUGGGUUCUUAGAAGCUUCAGCCAACUCCCAAAGCCUAAUCACCCUAUGUUGUAGCUUUUUAGAUUUACUACAUUACCCCCACCUCCACCCCAUAGCUGAUUAAUUUAAUUUCUUUUCUGCUUAAGAAAUCAGCCUAAAGAAUAACUAUUGGAAGAGAAAGUGGCUCAUUAGGCAAUCAGGAAAUCAUAAAAAGAUUACAGGCAUUAGGAGAGGAGAAAAUAGAUAAAUUACCCAAUGGGUACAGGCCUGGCAGGGUUAACCAUCAUUCAUUCAUUCAGGCAUCACAUAGGAAAGUUCCCAAGCUGAGUGUCACAGGUGCAAGGGACUGCUCAGAUUCAGAAAGGAGGAGUUGGGGGACUUCAGAGUUGCAAUGGUUUGGAGAAGGGCCUCUAUAGGCGUAGGGAUAAAGCAAGGGCCACACAGAUGGAAAAGCACAUGAUACAGUUCUACAUAUAACUAUGAACCUUCAUAGAAUGUGUGCUGGGGAUUGAAAGCCAAAAAUAAAAUUGUCCCUGCUAUUAAGGGAAUUUCUAGCCUACAGAUCUCAGAACCGUCAAUUUCUCCCACCUUCAUCAUGGUCAUUCUUUGAAAAAGGGAGAGUGAGAGAAGAGAGAAUGGUGGUUACACGUAACAAAAUGGAGGUACUGGACUGGUUGGCAUUUGAGUAGCUAUGAUUGAUUUCAAAUCUGGCAUGAAUAACUCGGCACUGAAUAUCACCAUUAGGAGAAAUGGAGAAAACACUGGAGCUUAUUAUUUAUAGGGGCAAGCCAAGGCUGUAAGCAUAAAUCUCUUUUUCAUAAUGAUGUAUAACUUUGGGAAACCUGAUUUUCCUUAUUACAAUCCAAUCUAGCAAAUAUUUAUUAAGUACAAUACAAGAAAUUGUACUAAUUGUUGAGAA